AUGAGCUACAGCAGCUCGUUAGCUAACGCUACAUCCUGACCGUUUGACAACAUUCAGCGUUUUCUCUUCCAGAAAACAAACAUGUAAUAGAUAUUUACACAUCGAGGAGUGUGUCCGCUGCAGACUAACUGGUUGCAGACUGUGUUUUUGGUGACACCGAGUCCGACGGAGGAAAAAAGAAACGGCUAAUUCGCUAAUGGACAUGUUAUCGUGCGUUUUUCGAUUAUGCCGUCGUAAUGCUAAUUCUCUGGACAUGUAGCUAAUGUGGAGCUUUCUGUGAAAUAUCUUCGGACUUUUGCACGUCUAACAGUGUAAUUUGUGCUGUGAAAGACGACUGAGCUCACACACCCUGCAGGCCUUAAUGUUUGUUUUCUACUCCGUAACGUUAGCACCGUUUUUGUAUCAGUUUUGCUAACGGAGUAACGUCAAGAUAAAGAGUUGAGAUAAGAGUUUAGCUCACACGCAGCGUUAAAAUGAGUUUCUUUAGUUUUGGCCAAAGUGCAGAGAUCGAUGUUGUGCUAAAUGACGCCGAGACGAGGAAGAAGGCUGAACACAAGACUGAGGAUGGAAAGAAAGACAAAUACUUUCUUUUCUACGAUGGAGAAACUGUCAGUGGUAAGGUGAAUGUCACACUGAAGAACCCUGGCAAGAGGCUGGAGCACCAGGGCAUCAAAAUUGAAUUUGUCGGCCAAAUAGAGCUGUAUUACGACAGAGGAAACCAUCAUGAAUUUGUUUCCCUGGUGAAAGAUCUUGCGAGACCUGGUGAAAUAACUCAAUCGCAGACCUUCGACUUUGAGUUCACUCAUGUGGAGAAACCUUACGAGUCCUACACAGGCCAGAAUGUCAAGCUAAGAUAUUUUCUUCGUGCCACAGUGAUAAGAAGACUAAAUGACAUCAGUAAAGAGAUGGACAUUGUGGUUCACACAUUGAGCACCUACCCAGAGCUCAACUCCUCCAUUAAAAUGGAAGUUGGAAUUGAAGACUGUCUCCACAUUGAGUUUGAGUACAACAAAUCCAAGUACCAUCUGAAAGAUGUAAUCGUGGGAAAAAUCUAUUUCCUGCUGGUGAGGAUUAAGAUUAAGCACAUGGAGAUUGACAUCAUCAAACGUGAGACAACGGGCACCGGCCCGAGCGUAUACCACGAAAACGACACUAUCGCCAAGUACGAGAUCAUGGACGGAGCACCAGUCAGAGGAGAGUCCAUUCCCAUCCGAUUAUUUCUGGCUGGCUAUGAUCUGACUCCCACCAUGCGAGACAUCAACAAGAAGUUCUCUGUGCGCUACUACCUGAACCUGGUGCUGAUCGACGAGGAGGAGAGACGCUACUUCAAACAGCAGGAGAUCACACUGUGGAGGAAAGGGGACGUGGUGAGGAAGAGCAUGUCCCACCAGGCUGCCAUCGCCUCUCAGCGGUUCGAGGGUUCGGCGGCUUCAGAGAGCGCACUGGAACAGGCUGCAAAGGAGGAGAGCGGGUAGAGCGGUGGAGGUACCUGUCAACUGUACAACAUCUGGCAUGGCAGCAGUUUUAUUUGUAGCCGCUGCUGGUAAAGGAAGGAAGAAGGGAGACCGACAUAUGGUAAAACUGUAUGUGAACAAUGGGACAGUUUGCAUGAGGCAUUUAAAAGUGGCUUCAGGCUGCUGGUCUUGUCCCCCCCCCUCAUUCAUGCAUUUUUUGUUUUUUCUUUAUGGGAAUCAAACUAAUCACCUGUCACAAUGUCCGCAGAGUAAAAUCAUGUGAAAUUCUGGAAUUUUUAGGCCUUCUGUUUGUUACCUUCUAGCGCUUUUGGGAUAAAUUUGAUGAUUUCUAAUCUUUCUGUUGCAAAUGAAUUCUCAAAAAUUUUCAACAAAGUAUCUCUGACAUUCCACAUUUAAUGAAUGCAUUCCUAACAUUGUUAUAAGGUCAUGAAAUAUGAGAUAACUUUGCACUGCUUUAUCAUGCUGAACACAUUUCUUUUUUUUCUGUGUUUGCACAAAAAAAAUGGUGGAAGUGGAAACUGGAAUCUCUUGCUGCUGUUGUAGCGAGAAGGCUAAAGUAUUAAUUCAUGUUUUUCUUUUUUUUAAAUCUGUAAAUAAGACCAGUUAAACCUGUUAUUCUGCUCCAGCUGGUGUACAUUGAUUAUCCAGUACACAGUGCUACACAAUGACCUUUCACGUUCAUAUGCUUUACCUCAGCAUUCCAGUGGUGUUAGGAAAGGGUGUCAAAGUGUUUGUAUUAAGGUCUGAUAGUAUGAAGUCUUCUGUAUCCUCUUUAUUAGAGACUUGAAAGUUGUGCCUAUGUGUAUCAAGCAAAUGAAAUCCUCCUGCCUCUAACAUAAUUUUAGUCUUUUAACCAGAGAAAAGUUACAGUAGAACUUAUCUAUCUUUUGCAAAAUGCUAAUCAAUUACUCCUUUGUCCCCGAAAGUCAAAUAAAUUGAUGCCAAAUGGAGAAAA